GCCAGCGCUGCGCCGACACUGCACUUGGCUCAUGGCUGCGACAUCACGACGGCUUCAUCCAUGAGCAUCUCAUCGUCGUACAAGGUUCUGCUUACGCUCAGUAGCCCUGCAAUGGCUGAAGCGGGACUACAGACGAGCUGGGCGACAAGAGCAUCAUAGCAACGACUGACUUGCCUGCUGGAACAUGCAUAGCCUCCUGUCCUCACACACUUGCCAUAACGCCCACCUCGGCGAGAGCAGCACUCGGACACCAUGCGACUGAGCUGUCUGAUCAUCAAGCAAUGGUGCUCUACUUGGUCUUGCACAAGCAUCCCUCGCCUGCUGUCUGCUGCCUACAUCAGGCCUAUGUGGACACUCUCCCUCCGCGAUCAGCCAUGCGUACGCCUCUGUGGUUCAACCCGGCAGAAGUGCAGCUCUUGCAAGGCACCAAUCUAGCAGGCGCGGUCACGGAUAGGCAACGCGAUUGGCAGCUCGAAUGGAUGACCGUGCUCAGAAGGGCCGGCCAAUCUGGACUCUUCAAAGCGAGUUUUGAGGAAACCUGGCCUUCUGCGCUCUGGGCUGCUACCAUUCUCUCCUCUCGCGCAUUCCCAUCCCAUCUGAUUGACGGCAAUGAGCAAGCCUCGACGCCCGUGCUAUUUCCAGGUGUCGACGCUUUCAACCAUCAGCAAGCGCGCAAGGUCACUUGGCAAACAUCUUCCGCCUCUGGCCGGUUCAAUCUCGUGCAAGAUGAACCAACUGCUGCUGGACAGCAAGUCUUCAAUAAUUACGGGCCAAAAUCGAACGAGGAGUUUCUGCUAGGCUAUGGCUUCAUCAUACCGAAUAACCCAGAUGAUCACAUGGUGCUCAAGCUUGCUCCACCACGACUCGCGCCAGGUCACGCAGAGCCCAAACGAUCCCUGGAGAGCGUGCUGCAAGCAUGUCAGCUGACCGAAUUGAGGCACCUCGUACGAAGAGACGGCGUCAUUCCCGAUGCGCUGUUGGCUCAAGUCAGGUUGAUGAUCAGUCUACACGAUGCCGAAGACGGCAGGACGCUAGAGGGCAGACUGCAGACACAGAGCGCUAGUGCUGGCGAGUAUAUCAGCCUAGAUAACGAGCUCAAUAUGAUUGAGCAAAUCAUGACCUUGCUCUACCUCCGCAUCAAUGCGCUCUCGCAGGACGUCUCUGCGAUGAUCGUUGAGGAUAGUCAGGAAGACCUCGUCAAGCGUGCUCGGACAGAUGAGCCGGCAGCACGCGAUCAGACCGCAGCAGCUCCGAUCAGACCAGAAGUGCUCGCCAUGGUCAUGGAGUAUCGCAAAGGUCAGCUCGAGAUCGCACAAGCUGCCACACUCUUUUGCCAUACCUUCUUGCUGGAGAGAGCAGCAAAAUCAGCCCAGGCGCAAGGCAUAGAUGUGACUCUAGAAGACCUGCAGGAUUCUGUCAAGAUGCAAGCAUAGAAGCAAGUACGCGAGCCAUUAGCAUGUCUGUUGUACAACAUCAUGCACAUCAGUACUCCGAUUGCGUCUUCUUGCCCGCCAGUGGACUCGCGAUAGCCGGCUGACUGUCGAGCAGCUUCCCCCCGUAGAGCGUGUGCAUCUCGUCCGCUCCGUUUGGCCCGUGUAACUGAAAUCCUCUCCUUUCCACUGUAUCCGGCGCACGAAGCCCUUGCGCUCCGAACCCAAGCGAACGUCCUUUGCGUCCAAACAGGGUAUCCUCAGGCAGCUGAACACCAUCCUGGCCGCCAAAGGACACUGAAUUAUCUGCUUCUUGUAGAUCGAAGAUCGGCAGCGCGCUCUGAUUGCCCUCGUCUUCCGAAGUCCAACUCUCGUCUGCCAAUCGAGUAGGAUUACGAAAGUCGUCUUGAUCUUCGAGGUGGCCAAGGCCAGCAUCGUGCAUAGGUUUGAACGGA